CAAAAAAGUAGCCAUAAAUCUCAUAAAAAUCAUUACAAUAAAUAAACUAAAAGCAAAUACAAAAAAUACAAAAUAAAUUAUAUUUACAAGUUUUAAAAAGCUAUUUUUUUAAUAUUUGUGUGUCAUUAAAUGAAUCCUGUUAAAAUAACAGUCCUUGGAGUCAAAAAAAAAGCUGUUCCUUCCAAUUUAAUUUCAUCGAACAUAAAAAUACUUACUGAUAAUAGUGAAAAUAUCAAGACAGAGGAGAAUAUUUAAGAAUUUUUAAAUGCAAAUUCUAAUUGGAAUAUUUGUAAUCUAUCAUAAUCAGCUGGCACAUAUAUUUCAAAAAGCUAACUAGAAUCUGACCCAAAGGCAGUUGACCCAUCCAAAUUUGUAGAUGUAAACAAGUACACAGAUAUUGCACAUAUGUGCAAGUAAGAUUUAUUAGAUUAAAAAAUAGAUUUGCUCGAAUAUAAUCUUUAAGUGCGAUAAAAUUGCUUACCAAUUUAAUCUAAUUCAAAUUAAGAUACAGAAAAGUAAGAAAACAGUGGUAAUAACAUGCACAGCAUGCCUUAUUUUUAGAAGAAUCCUAAGAAAUAAAUAUCUUAAGAAGAAAAAGAAGAAAUGAAAUAGCGUCUAAUUAGAAAAUAGAAAAUUUUGCAAAUAAAAAAUCAAUAGCUAGUCUCAUAUUUUGCAGAUAAAAAGAAAAGCAUAUAUUCUUUUGAUCCUACUCUUUUAUAAGAAUAAAAGAAUAAAAAAGAAAAAAUGUUUAGGAAGCCUAACUUUUUACAAGACCUUAAAAAUGAUCUUGUCAAUGAUGAAAAAACUGUUAAGUUUAUUGAAAAGAAUUGGUUUUUGUUUUCGUAAUCUGCAGAAAACCCAAACGAGUACAUUUAAGGGAUUAAAAAGAUAAAGGAUGUAUAUGAUGAGCUUAAAUCUAGAAUAUAAAGGUAGUAGGAGAAGAAUCUUGAAUAAAAAGAAAGAGCCUUAAUUCAGGAGAUUUUAGAAUAGUAAAGGAAAUCCAAUUAUAGAAGAAGCUUAAGCACUAAAAAGAAUUAAAAGAAAGAUUAAACUUCAGAUAAGAUUUGCAUGUUCAAUGCAGCUACUGCAGCUAAUACACCAAAGAAAAAUAGUAAAAAAUACAAAAAAAGUGGUACUUAAUACAGUAUUAAAAUCAGAUAAACACAAGACAUCUAAGAAAAAUAAAAUUUAAGUUAGACAAUUAAAUAUGAGGGCAAUAAUAAUUAUUUACAUUUUUCAUCUCAAAAUAAGAGUUUGAGAAUAAAUAAUGAAGAUAUUAUUUCAUCUCCUAGUAAUUACUAUUCAAUCGAGGGAGACCCUAAUGUAAAUUAAAAUUAAUCGCUUUAUGAAAACUAAAUUAAAUUAGAGAGACCUCCUCAGUUACAUCUGUCUUCCAAGGCUAAAUUUGACGAAAGAGUUAAAUUUUCUUAAAAUAACACUAAUUCAUCUGUUUCUACUAGAAUUUUAGAUUCGAGAAUAAGGACAACAAGUGGGAGUAAAACCUCUAUUUUGGGAACUCCUUCGACAAGAACUGCUUUCCAUUCUCGUAAAAAUACAGAAGUUGAUCUAAAUAGAAAUUAGGAGAAGAUAUUGCAAAUAAACGGUUUAAAGUUGAAUCAGAGAUAAAGAAGCGCAACAAAUAACAGCAGAUUGAUUAGCAACAGUAACUACAAUAAUAAAAAUAGAAUUUAAAUGGAAAACAAUGAUCAAAUAUUUAACUUUUGUCACUCUGCUAUCAGCGAAUCAGAAAUUAUAAAUAUCUAAGGUGAAGAGGAUUAUGAGAACGAAUAUGACUAAAACGAACUUAGAAAUAAAAUUAACAAUUCCUUUAUAGAUAAAUAAAAUUCAUAGCUUUCGAACAGAAGUUAAUUAAAUUCUUCAACUACUUUGCAAGAGUCUUCUCGUGGAACCAGUUUCUCACUUGAUAAUCCCUCAUCUUACACCACAAAUGUAAAUUUUUUAAAUAGAAAGAGGAAAUACUUAAACAUGAAUGAAAUCAAGAUAACUACUUACACUGCAAAAGAGCUCUAUCUGUAAGAGCAUAAUCCUUUAAAGUAUGAGCUCUACGUUGUCCCUUAAGCAACGAAAGACUUAAUUAGCAAGGCUAAUAAAUAGGGAACUUACCUCUAUCAAAAGCAAUUCACUCCUAAAAACUAUGGAUAAGUAUCAAACAUUAAGAGAGAGUUAAUUAUCUCUUGA